AUGGCGUCAGACCCAACCAGCAUCGCCGUCGACAACGAUGUCCACGCCAUGGUCAAGGAAAAGGAGGUCACCAUGGCCCCAGUCUUGACGAACCAGGACGAACCCAAGCUGGGCAUCACCAUUGAUGGCGGAAUACCAACCGAGGAGGAACUGCACACUCUCCGGCGUGUGCCUGACAAGAUCCCCUGGGCCAUCUAUACCAUCGCCUUUAUCGAGCUGUGCGAGCGCUUCUCGUACUAUGGCACCACCGCCGUCUUCACAAAUUUCAUCCAGCAGCCGCGGCCCGAAUACUCGGCCACCGGUGCCAGCUACGACAUCGAGAACGGCCAAGCCGGCGCCCUUGGUCUCGGCCAGCGGACCUCGACCGCCCUGACCACAUUCAACUCGUUCUGGCAGUACACCAUGCCUUUGUUUGGUGCCUGGAUUGCCGACAGCUUCCUCGGCCGCUACCGGACCAUCGGCUGGGCCCUUAUGGUCGACAUUGUUGGUCACCUCGUCCUCGUCGUCUCCGGUCUCCCCCCUGUCAUCAAGAAUCCCAACGGCUCCCUGGGCGCCUUCUGUGUCGGUAUCAUCCUCGUGGGAGUCGGUACCGGCGGUUUCAAGCCCAACGUCAACCCCUUGAUUGUCGAGCAACUCGACUUGGAAAAGAUGGUGAUCAGAACGCUGCCCAGCGGCGAGCGAGUUAUUGUCGACCCCGCGGCGACGGCCUCUCGCGUGUACCACUACUUCUACCUCUUCAUCAACAUUGGCGCUCUGACUGGCCAGCUCGGCAUGGUGUACUGCGAGCAUUACGUCGGCUUUUGGCUGUCGUACACCCUCCCGACCAUCAUGCUCUGCUUCUGCCCGCUCGUCAUGCUCUGGGGCCGUCGCCGGUACAAGCGCGUCCCUCCCCAGGGCUCUGUCCUUGGCCGUGCCACGAAGUUGUUCUUCCUCGCUAACAAGGGCCGCUGGUCCAUCAACCCCGUCAAGACCUACAAGCAACUGCACGAUGGCACCUUCUGGGACAACGUCAAGCCGUCCCGGUUCGUCGCCUCGGAUAAGCCCAAGCCCAAGUGGAUGGACUUUGACGAUGCUUGGGUGGACGAGGUCCGCCGUGGUUUCAAUGCCUGCGCGGUCUUCCUGUGGUACCCUCUCUUCUGGCUCUGCUACAACCAGAUCAACAACAACCUGAUCUCCCAAGCCGCGACCAUGAAGAUCGGCGGCGUGCCCAACGACGUGCUCACGAACCUGAACCCCUUUGCGCUCAUCAUCUUGAUCCCCCUCCUCGACAUCGUUGUCUACCCGGCCCUGCGCAAGAUUCGCAUCAACCCGACCCCGCUCAAGCGCAUCGCCGUCGGCUACUUCACCGCGGCCGCCGCCAUGAUCUGGGCCACCGUGAUCCAGUAUUACAUCUACCAGAAGAGCGAGUGCGGGUAUUACGCCAACGGCGUCUUCCCCGAUGGCACCGAGCGCGAGUGCGCCAACGUCGACAUUAGCAUGUGGGCACAGUCGGGCUCGUACAUCCUCAUCGCCUUCUCCGAGAUCAUGGCGUCCAUCACCUCGCUGGAGUACGCCCACUCCAAGGCGCCCGCCAACAUGAGGUCGAUGGUGCAGUCGGUCGCGCUCUUCAUGAACGCCAUCUCGUCGGCGCUCGGGUUCGCGCUCGUCUACCUGGCUGACGACCCGCUGCUUAUCUGGAACUAUGCUGUCGCGGCCAUCCUGGCGGCCGUCGGCGGCACCAUGUUCUGGCUGCAGAUGCGUCACUUGGAUAAGCAGGAGGAUCAGCUCAACUUGCUGCCUACGGGCCAGGUUGGUGAUACUAAGGCUGAGGCUAAGUGGGAGAAUGAUGAGAGGUCGGAGGUGAGGGUGUGA